AUGGCUCCCGUGCGAGCUCCGACGGCCCGACAUCGCCUCGUUGCUCGCCGCCGUUUACGCGAAGGCGGCUUCCAAACCCCCAAUGGCGCAUCGAUACAAUUCCCAUUGCCUGCGUACCCCUGGCAAUCCCCCUUGCUCGGACCGGAGGGCAAUCUUCUGAUUGAGAAUGGCGACAACAAGAACGAAACCUCGGGCGAUGUUGAUCCGGCAAAGGCUACCAAGGCCGACCUCUUCCCAUAUGGCGUUGCUGCCAAGAUCACUGGCGUGGAAGGGCGUGGUACCGGCGAAUUCACUUUGCUGGUCGAGGGCGUGACACGAAUUCAUGUCGAAAAGGUUAUCGCGGACAAGGCUUACCUGGAAGGCAAGGUCUCCAGUUACGCCGAUCCCGCUCUGAUCACAGACUCCGCUCUUGAGGAGCUCUUCAUGUCCCUCAAGCUCCUGUCCAGGCAGUUUGUCACAAUCCUCCGGCUGUCAUCACUUCUACCACAGUCUUCCGGCACUCCUGGCCUGUCCCCUCUGCUUGCCCGGCGUCUCGACUUCUACAUUGCGAAGCAGAAGUAUCCCGGUGCUCUCGCAGACUUCAUGGCCAACAUUGUCGAAUCCACGUAUGAGGAAAAGCUCCAGAUUCUGACUUUGAUCGACGUUAAGGAACGUGUGGCCAAGGUGAUUGAGCUCCUUGACCGCCAGGUAACAAACAUUAAGAACAGCAUGAAGAUCACCACCAUCACAGCCACGAGUCUGCCAUUCCCCAUGGACCCUGAUUCGACAAAGCCGGGAAAAGUCAAGCCGCCUGUAAAGGCCCCAGGACAAGGCGUAGGCAUGCCGUUUCCACCGCAGGGCGGUUUCAUGGGACGAGGUGGAAAUCCGGACGACGAGCAGGAGCCUAACGAGAUCGAAGAGCUGCAGAAACGCCUCGAUGCCGCACGACUAAGCCCUGAAGCGGCCAAGAUUGCUGAUCGGGAGAUCAAGAGACUGAAGAAGAUUCAUCCAGCACAGGCCGAGUAUGCCGUGACUCGGACAUAUCUUGAAACUUUGGCAGAGAUCCCUUGGACGGCUACUACGGAUGAUCGCUUAGGUCCCGAUACCCUUAACCGGGCAAGGAAGCAACUUGACGAUGAUCACUAUGGAUUAGACAAGGUCAAGAAGCGCCUGCUUGAGUAUCUAGCAGUCCUUCGCCUCAAGCAAGCCAUCAAUGAUGACGUGGAUAUCCAGAUCAAACAGAUUGAACAGGAGCUCGGCGUGGGAUCCGAAAACGGUAAAGAAGACGCCGCUCAACCUGCUGCUGUCGACCUCACUGUGGAUGAAAAGGUCAAGGCCGGUGGUGCGAAGCUCGAGGCUUUGAAGAACAGGCGCAUGGUGGACAAGUCUCCCAUUCUCCUCUUGGUCGGACCUCCAGGUGUUGGAAAGACGAGUCUUGCUCGAUCUGUCGCCACUGCCCUAGGAAGGAAAUUCCACAGAAUUUCUCUCGGUGGUGUGAGAGACGAAGCAGAAAUUCGCGGACAUAGACGUACCUAUGUCGCCGCCAUGCCUGGCCUCGUUGUCCAGGGCUUGAAGAAAGUAGGCGUAGCAAAUCCUGUCUUCCUCCUUGAUGAGAUUGACAAGGUCGGCGGCUCCAGUAUCCACGGCGACCCUUCAGCGGCUAUGCUCGAAGUCCUCGACCCUGAGCAGAACCAUAACUUCACCGAUCACUACGUUAACAUUCCUAUUGAUCUCAGCAAGGUGUUGUUCAUUGCCACGGCGAACAGUCUCGACACCAUCCCGGCACCGUUAUUGGAUCGUAUGGAGACAAUUUACAUUCCAGGCUACACGACUCUCGAAAAGCGCCACAUUGCGAUGCAGCACUUGGUCCCCAAACAACUCCGGGUCAACGGCCUUGACGAAUCACAAGUUUCCUUCACCCCAGAAGUCGUAUCCAAGAUCAUCGAGUCGUACACUCGGGAGGCCGGUGUGCGCAACCUGGAACGGGAGAUCUCGUCCGUUGCGCGUGGCAAAGCCGUUGAGUUCGCCGACGCCAAGGACUCAGGACAUCCAGAAAACUACAACCCCCAACUGACCGUAGACGACCUGGAGAAGUUUUUGGGCAUUGAGAAAUUCGAAGAGGAGAUCGCGGAGAAGACUAGCCGGCCAGGAAUAGUGACUGGUCUGGUUGCGUACAGCUCGGGUGGAAAUGGUAGUAUCCUCUUCAUCGAGGUGGCCGACAUGCCGGGCAACGGCAGCGUCCAGCUGACGGGCAAACUGGGUGAUGUGCUGAAAGAAUCCGUGGAGGUGGCCCUGACUUGGGUCAAGGCACACGCAUAUGAGCUUGGACUCACUCAAAGCCCGAACGAGAAUAUCAUGAAGGACAGGAGCAUUCAUGUGCAUUGUCCCUCCGGUGCCGUUCCCAAAGAUGGGCCCAGUAGCGGCAUCUCGCAGGCAAUUGCGCUCAUUUCCUUGUUUUCUGGCAAGGCUGUCCCAUCAACCAUGGCGAUGACGGGUGAGAUUUCCCUCCGAGGACGGAUCACGGCCGUCGGAGGCAUCAAGGAGAAACUCAUCGGAGCGCUCCGGGCAGGUGUCAAGACGGUCCUACUCCCGGCCCAGAACCGCAAGGACGUAAAGGACUUGCCCCAGGAAGUCAAGGAUGGACUGGAAAUCAUCCAUGUCAGUCAUAUCUGGGAAGCCAUUCGUUACGUUUGGCCAGACGGCCAGUGGCCCAGCGAACACGAUUACCCGAGCGUCGAAAGUCGUCUCUGA